AUGAAAAUAGACUAUGACAUAAAGUUUAUGGAACUGGCAGUAAAACUAGCUAAAUAUUCUUUGGAUCAUGGAGAAACACCAGUGGCAUGCAUUUAUGUACACAUUCCAAGCAAUAAAAUAAUAGCAUAUGGAAUGAACGACACCAACAAAUCACGACUAGGUAUAUCACAUGCAGAAUUCAUGGGAAUAGACCAAAUCUAUAAAAACAAUUUUCAACAUUUACUAAAUGAAAUAGCUUUAUAUGUUACUGUAGAACCUUGUAUUAUGUGUGCAUCAGCUAUCAAGCAAUUAGGUAUUAAAAAAGUCGUGUUCGGAUGUGGAAACGAAAGGUUCGGUGGAAAUGGUUCCAUUUUAAGCAUUCAUAAUGAUUUUUGUACUUUACCUACCAAUAACCAUUCCUCGUUGCCUGGGAUUUUACGAAAGGAAGCUAUUGUGCUAUUAAGACAGUUUUACGUCAGAGAAAAUGAACGAGCCCCCGUUCCAAGGUCUAAGAAUAACAGAAAACUGGAAUUGGAAGAGUUCCCACCUUUUCUGUGGUCCAAAUAUUUAUCAAAAGAAGAUUUUGUUGAUACCUUUGGCUCGGAAAACCUGACAAAAUACGAAACGGAUAGAGAUUUAUUCUCAUCCGUCAAUUGGAAAUUAGUUGAAGGCAAUUAUGAUAAUAUUGUCAAUGAGCUUGAACUUCAAAUUAAUUCAUUUGAACAACAUAAAAAAAGAAAGUUUAGUUUAUAA